CCUUGAGCUUGUUUAUGUCGGCGGUUGUUGGCGGUUGCAAAAACGUGUGUGAAUCUAGUAAUGGCACGGUUAUGUUUCUCGUCUCAAGUAAGUCUUGAGCAGUCUUGAGUAAGUACGAGGUGUGCGUUGCGGGAAAACUUUGCUGCGAACUACCAGCACGGAACGUAAACAUCGUUCUUGGCAAUGGCGACGACGUCGAAACGUAUUGUUUACGUUGGCGGACUGGCAGAGGAAGUCGACGAAAAGGUGCUGCACGCGGCUUUUAUACCGUUUGGCGACUUGGUGGAUGUUCAGAUUCCACUCGAUUACGAAACUGAGAAGCACCGCGGUUUCGCGUUUGUCGAGUUUGAGAGCGCGGAAGACGCCGCGGCGGCCAUCGACAAUAUGAACGAUUCGGAGCUAUUCGGCAGAACCAUCCGCGUGAACAUUGCCAAGCCGAUGAAAAUCAAGGAGGGUUCCACGAGAGCAGUGUGGUCCGAGGACAGCUGGUUGCGGCAGCACGCUGGCGAAACUCUCAACACCAAGGAAGGCGACGAAGACUCGAAGGAAGGUGAGGAAGCCGACGCUCAGAGCGACGAGAAGGAGUCCGGCGACAAGGCGAAGAAGGUGGCCAAUCCUCAGGUCUACCUGGACAUCAGCGUGGAUGGACAAGAGAUUGGAAGAGUCCGCAUCAUACUGUACAAAGACGUGGUGCCUCGCACGGCGGAGAACUUCCGUUGCUUGUGUACGCACGAGAGGGGCUUCGGUUUCAUCAAGAGCACCUUCCACCGCAUAAUUCCCGGAUUCAUGUGCCAAGGCGGAGACAUCACCAAUCACAACGGCACCGGCGGAAGGUCGAUUUAUGGCCGAAAGUUCGACGACGAGAACUUCGAGCUAAAGCACACAGGUCCGGGAAUGCUGUCCAUGGCGAAUUCGGGUCCCAACAGCAACAGCUCCCAGUUUUUUCUGACCACAGCCAAAACAGAUUGGCUGGACGGGAAGCACGUUGUGUUUGGACAGGUCAUCAGUGGCAUGGAAGUUGUCAGAAAGAUGGAAACGUACGGCUCGCCAUCGGGCAAGGUAUCCAAAAAGGUUGAAAUUUCCAACAGUGGCGAAUACACGUAGCUCAAGCUUAAUAAAGUGUUUGUGUCUGUUUA